AUGGCAGCGCCAAGUAGGGCCUCGACCAAGGUGCUUGCGACGACUGCCGAGCUCAUCAACGGCCUGCACAGCAAAACUCCACUCAGAGCGACAGUAAGGCUUGCGACCUCAUCGCAGACUCGACCGCUCCCGACUGCGUGUCCAAGACGCUGGCAGAGCUCGUCAAGCUCAGCAAUACCUCUCAAGGCUAGAUCAUUCACCUCUGCAAUUUCGGCUCGUGCUGCCGAGAAGCGACCCGAAACAUCACGCCCAACACUCGCCGACCUGCCGGACAAAGUGGACGUCUCCGUCGGCCCUGCCGGUCGUCUAUCCAAAGUCAUCCCAGCCCGCAGUGGCUCCAAGAUCACCACUCGAGUCGGCAGCAGCUAUGCUGGCACACACACAUUCUCCUGGGAAUCUCCACCCUCGAACGUCCUCAUCGUCAAGAAAGCCCGAGAUACUCGAGCGACCAAAGCCAUGUCCCGUAUCAUCAAGCAUAUCCGCGAAGAGUACCCUUCGCUCAACAUCAUCCUCGAGCGGCAGGUGAUCGAUUCGAACGACGGCGAUCUUGCCAGCACGUAUCCGGAGCUGAUCUCGGCCGAUGCGGGGGAGAAGACGUUGUUGGCGCAAAAGACGGAUUUCAUCAUCACGCUCGGAGGGGAUGGGUCGAUACUGCACGUCUCGAGUCUGUUCGAUCGGGACGCGGUGCCGCCCGUGCUCAGCUUUUCGAUGGGCACACUCGGCUUUCUGCUGCCGUACGAUAUCAGUGGGUAUAGAGAGGCGGUGAAGGAUAUGGUGGAGGGGAACGUGAGUCUGCUCUUGCGCAUGCGGUUGAGGCAGACGAGCCACCGGUCGGACGGCGAGACGUUCUGUCAGGUGGAGGAUCAACGGUCCGGUGGGGGCUGCUAUGACGUGCAUCUGAUGAACGAAGUAACUCUUCAUCGCGGUCGAGAGCCACACAUGACAAAGAUCGACGCGUAUGUUGACGGUCAGCAUCUCACACAGGCGAUCUCGGACGGACUCAUCAUUGCGACGCCCACCGGGUCCACUGCGUACUCUCUCUCGGCAGGCGGUCCCAUCGUCCAUCCAUCCGUGCAGAGUCUGGUGCUCACCCCGAUCUGCCCGCGAUCGCUCAGCUUCAGGACCGUCCUGCUUCCAAGCGACUCGGUGAUCCAGCUCAAGAUCUCGGACGACUCGCGCUCGCCCGCGGAACUCACCGUCGACGGUAGGAUAUCCAAGCUCCUCCAGCCCGGAGAGUAUCUGCAGGUGUCGAUGAGCCCGUUUCCCAUUCCCUGUGUCAGUCGCAAAUGGUCCGACGAGCAACCUCCGCCGAACACUCUUUCGACCGCGGCGAGCUCGCCGGCACAGAUGGCAGACCCAGGGGAAAAGUACUCGGACCGAGGCGAGGACGAUUGGGUGCGCGAUAUCAAUACGCUGCUCAAGUUCAAUGCUAGUUUCGGCGGAAGGGGUACGCUCAGUGGCAAUGGCGGAUUCGAAGAGGACGAGGAGUAG